AUGGCUCUGGAUGAAAUAAAGGAAUCUUUGGCUGGAAAAUGGAAAAUGGACAGAAGCGAGAACUUCGAAGAGUUUUUGAAGGCAGUCGGUGUAAACUUGGUGCUUAGGAAGUUAGCGCCCCUAGCGAAGCCGACGAUGACUAUUUCUGUUGAAGGGGAGACAAUCAUCAGUAUAACAGAUAUGGGAAUAAGAAAGGAAGAGGAUACUUUCAAACUAGGCGAGCCUUUCGAGAAAGAAAGAGAAGGCGAGAUGUUGCGAAUAUGUGCCACGUGGGAAGAUGGUAAAUUAAAGGUGACAGGUCAACCUUUAGACCCUAAAUCCAAAAUGAAGGCCCCAACAAUAUAUAGGGAAAGAGUUGAUGAUGAAAUGCUUCUGACUAUGUGUGUCGGUGACGUAGUAUGUAAACGAUAUUUCAAACGUUUAGAGUAG